AUGCACCACCAGGACUUUUGCGGAGACCCACCCGGUAGUGGCAGCAGGAAAACGGUGUUUCAUUACCGCAGGGGCAGUGGUGGAGGGCCACCUGCUUCUUCCACUGCCUCUGGAGUGACAGGGUUUGAAGACAAUCCUUCCCCAGCUGGAGCCUCUUCUCCGGGACCCCACCAACAGCCCGCAUCCCAAAUGACUGGCGCUCAGGUGAAGAAGAAGAGUGGCUUUCAGAUAACAAGUGUCACCUCGGCUCAGAUCAACGUAAGUGGAAGUAACAGUUUGGCUGAUGACACGGAGAGCUAUGACGACUUGGAUGAGUCGCACACCGAGGACCUCUCUUCCUCUGAUAUGCUGGACGCUUCGGUCUCUCGAGCUACUGAUGUAGGAGUGCCGGAGAGAAGUUCAUCGGACGAGACAUUAAACAGUCUCCAUGGAGUUGACACGCCUGGCCUUGUGUCGCCCAAUGAGCCCCCAUACCCACAUUCCAGCCAGGGAACCCAGAAGCAUAGCGCAAUGGUAAAUGGGACAGUACACCCUCAUUAUUAUCCGCAGCAGCACAGUCUGCCGCAACAGCAUCAUUCUGAUAAUUUGGGAGCAGGUGAAUCAUCUUUGCCAUGCCCUCCUAAUGCCCCAACGGCCAGCUCCAGCCAGCAGCUUUCCAAAACAGGUGUGAAUCAGUCCCAGAGGCCACCGGUGUUGGAUAGCACCCAACCAGUUGGGGGGACAACACAACCGUCAGCCCCUAUUGUUGGUAGGACGGCUGGUGACGCACAUCUACAGGGCAGUGGGAAUUUUCAGAAUGUCUCUUCUGUCACUCCAGCAAACCCCUCUGGGCAGCAAGGUUUUGACAACACUAGCGUGAGUGUAUCUGCAGCUACGACUGCUGUAGGAACUGGCCAGUCAGCCACUGCCCCUGCCACUCAAACGCAGACGACUACAAGCUCCCGUUUCCGAGUGGUAAAAUUGGACACAAACUCUGAGCCAUUUCGCAAAGGAAGGUGGACGUGUACGGAAUUUUAUGAGAAGGAGAUUUCACCUGCACCUCCGGUUCCAGAGGCACCUAAAACUGCCGAGUCUUCCACAGAGACUGAGCCUAACAACGCUGGAGUAAGUCCAAUUCUUCCAGCUGUCCAGCCACCUCACACCUUGCAGCCAUAUCAGCUGCCGAGCCAAGAGUACGCUAGCCCUCAUGCGAUGCAGAGCCCCCCACAAGCUCUGGGCCAAACCAGCCCCCUUGUCUAUGUGUCACCGCAGGAAGUCGUUGGCACUGCGAAUAAUAAGAUGCUAGGGGCUCCUGGUAGUCUCCCAACAACUGCAUCACAAAUUGGUACAAGCCAGCCUGCCUCCCUCAUACCCCAGCAGUUACCCUACACCGUGGACCAGCAGCAAGCUCAAGCACCAGGAGGUUAUGGAGCACCUCAGCUAAGUGGUCUGCAACCAGACUUUAUCCAACCCACUGCUCCGUUUCAAACCCAGGUCCAGCCUCCACUGGCGCACGUGAGUGCAUCCGUAUCGCCUGGGUCAGCGGUCACAGCAAAGCCACUUGGCAGCCUGGCUCAGCCGUCACUCCACCAAGGUCAUGUGGCUCCAUCUGCUAUAGAAACCUCUGCCACGGUCCAACAGCCAUCACAUCCCCUACAAAUAGCCUCCACUGCUUCUGCACCACCAGCGCAGGGGGCUGCCUACAUGCCUUUGACUGCACUUCAAGCUGACUUACAGCCCCUUCUCAGCCCGGGCACAGCUCUCUACCCAUCCCCUGUAGCAGGAGGGGUUUCAUUGAAAGCAUCCCAACUGGAAGAUGCACAGAAACUUCUGUUUCAACACCAAGGCCUCCUAGGACUGCCUAGGCUGGGCGCUGCUGCCGGUGGAGUGAUGUCUGCAGAUGCUGGCAUCACAGCCAGAAGCCUGGCCCACAUGGGAAUGUCAGUGGAGGCCAGUGCCCUUGUCGCCGCUGCUGCUGGUUUGAGGACUCAACAUGUUGAAGGAGAGGAUGACAGCUCUUCAGGUGCAAGUGUCGUGGCCAUUGACAACAAGAUUGAGCAGGCGAUGGAUCUGGUGAAAAGUCACCUGAUGUACGCCGUGCGCGAGGAGGUGGAGGUGCUGAAGGAGCAAAUCAAGGAGCUGAUGGAGCGCAACAACCAACUGGAGCAGGAGAACAACCUGCUCAAGACCCUGGCCAGCCCCGAGCAGAUGGCUCAGUUCCAGGCCCAGGUCCAGACUGGCGGCUCCCCCACCGGCGCCGCCCUACAGCCUCAGGUCCCAGGUUCUGGCGGAACCGCGCAAGCCCUCCCCUCUGCGCAGAAUUCAGGUCCGUCCGUGUGA